GGCAGCAGGUCCUGGGCCUGGUGGAGAAUCAGAGUGACUGGUACCUCGGGAACCUGUGGAAGAAUCACCGCCCGUGGCCGGCGCUGGGAAGGGGCUACAACACAGCUCCAGAAGCAGCUGUCGGAGCUGGACGAGGACGACCUGUGCUACGAGUUCCGGCGGGAGCGCUUCACGGUGCACCGCACCCACCUGUACUUCCUGCACUACGAGUACGAGCCGGCCGCGGACAACACGGACGUCACCCUGGUGGCCCAGCUGUCCAUGGACAGGCUCCAGAUGCUCGAGGCCAUCUGCAAGCACUGGGAGGGGCCCAUCAGCCUGGCCCUGUACCUGUCGGACGCCGAGGCCCAGCAGUUCCUGCGCUAUGCGCAGGGCUCCGAGGUGCUCAUGGGCCGCCACAACGUGGGCUACCACAUCGUGUACAAGGAGGGCCAGUUCUACCCUGUGAACCUCCUCCGCAACGUGGCCCUGAAGCACAUCAGCACCCCCUACAUGUUCCUGUCUGACAUCGACUUCCUGCCCAUGUACGGGCUCUAUGAGUACCUCAGGAAGUCUGUCGUCCAGCUGGACCUCGCCAACACCAAGAAGGCGAUGAUCGUCCCUGCGUUCGAGACGCUGCGCUACCGGCUUUCCUUCCCCAAGUCCAAGGCGGAGCUGCUGACGAUGCUGGACAUGGGGACCCUCUUCACAUUCAG